GUUGCGCCAGCAGCUAUCUGAAACAUUUUGAGCACACAGGCUUACACUCAGAGUUAGCACGUCUCUCACACUAAUGGUGCUCCUCGCAAACAGGCUUAACCAAUAGAACAUCUGCAGAAAAGUUUAAACUGCCUCUAACACACAAUCGCCUGCUGGGAAUGGGAUUAUCGGCCAGGUAAUCCAGAAGGAACAAAGACACCUGAAGGUCAACCCGGCAGUCUUUUUUGAGUGCUUCAGAAAGAGCCGCACACACUGGAAUAACUGGGAGAAUGUUUCUGUGGGCUGGAAGUAAAGGAGCUCAGGGAUCAGGAAGUGAGAGAAGCAGGACCUUUUAUCAGAAGAUUCGAGAGUAUGAUAUUUUGGAGAAGAGGAGGACUGUCACAGCACUGAAGGCUGGAGAGGACAGAGCCAUUCUCUUAGGCCUCAGCAUGAUCCUUUUCUCUGCCAUGAUGUACUUUGUGUUAGGCAUCACAAUGGUGCGCUCGUACUCAGACAGCAUUUGGACAGAGGAGUCAAACUGCACAGUACUGAACUCUAGCAUAGUUGCUGAGAUUAACUGCAGCUACAGCUGUGGCUCAGAGUGCAGGAAGAACUCCAGGUUUCCCUGUCUUCAAGUAUUCGUCGGUCUGAACUUCACCAGCAAAGUUCUGCGGCUGUCAUACAACGAGGAGGCCCACGAGGCCAACCCUGAGUGUUUUUACAUCCCAAAGUGCCGCAAGGACCACACGCUGAUGCACAGCAUUGUGAUGAACAUCUCAGAGCGUCUGAAGACGCACCAGCAGGUCCUGUGUUACUACGACCCCUCGGAGCAGCAGGACAGCGUCCUCCUGACGCGUCUCUACGGCCGCGGGGCCAUCAUUAGCUCGCUCCUCUGGCCCACGUGCACGCUGGUGGGGGGCACGCUCAUCAUCGCCAUGGUGAAGCUCACUCAGUACCUGUCCUUCUUGUGCGAGCAGAUCAGCCGCAUUAAAAGGAUGGGGCUCUAUUCCCUAACAGGAGCUUCUCACACCAAAGUCUGCACUCGGAAGUUUAACGGUGGCAUCCAGGACGGGGUUUGAAUGGAGGUUUUCCGCAUGCGAAAUUGUCAAUGGACCUGUUUUCUACUCCUCCGCAUAUAGCGACAAAGUGUUUCCGCUCUCAUGUGGUCUUCCUCUGAUGCUCCAUCAGCCUUGUUAAUCUGCCGGCUUGUGUUGACAAGGCUGAAGUAAUGUUGUGAACGAGAACUUCCUGACUCAGUAGACUGGUCGUAAUUGGAAAUUACAAUAAGACAGGGUCAAGUCCAGUCCUGGAACUCACGGGUCAAAAUAUGAGGACAAGUUUUGGGGUGUCAGUUACACUUUCUGACCGGCAGAUCGGAGACUCUAUUCCAAGGAGACGCUACUGUGAAGCUGAUGUCUUGACCAGCUGAUGCUUGUGUAAAAUUACGUGUUGCUGUCAUUCAUGGCUCUUUGACAAACACAUGUACACAUCUUCAAAGCCAAAGGUCAUAUGUUGAUUGUGACUACUGUAUUUCUUAAUGGUAUAGUUCAUCCAAAAAAAGAGAAAAUUCUGUCAAUUUAUUGUGUCAAACCUGUAUGACUUAAUUGCUUCUAGGGAAGAUAAAAAUACUUUACAACACAAUGUGGGUUUAUUUGUUAAGAAUAAAAAUUAGUUAAACACUGUAAAAAUUUGUUUACAAGAACUGCUCUUGCAAUGGACAGAAUUUCUACAGCAUUUACAAAUAUAUUUUUAAAUCAAAAGUCCUAUGUGUUACGUUAGAUAAAGCGAUGGUUCACCCAAACAUGAAAAAUCAUGGGAUCUCUUUAAUGCACUAUGAACAAACGCAAGCAAUGGACAAUUGCAUUUACUUAUCAACUUUAAUGUUGACUAAUGCAACUAAUGUUAACAAAUGAGACCUUAAUGUAAAGUGAUAUUUUAAAGAACAUCAGGAUCUAAACAACAUGUGACAGCAUUGACUUUUAUUGUACAACGACAUUCUCCAAAAUAUAUUUCUUAGUGUUCAACGGGGGGAAACAAUUCAUGCAGGUUUGGAACAACACGAAAGUAAGAAUUUAAUGACAGAAUUUUUUUUUCUCCAUAUUAAAUUCAGUCUAGUUCUAGUAAGUGCACCAUUGUAGCAGACCCAAAAGCUGUGUAACGAAAUCUAGUGUUUUCUAUAGCUAUUGUAAGGCAUCAUAUACACAAAGUCACAUCUGUUUCAAAAGGUAAUGCCAAAUUCUACUGAGCUGUUCACAAAUAAAAUCUUCUAAACCAAAACAACAGAGUAGAAUAGGAUGGAUUGCGGCGACCUCAGACUCUGCGAUGUACAUGGUGUGUGGGCUGAAAAAACAAAACUGUGCUCAAUAUUUUACAUCUACAAAGACAAAUCUGUCCUGUGAGAACAGCACCCAAAACAUUUCGGGAAUACUGCUAUUCAAUCAUGUAUACUGUAAUUUCAGUUAUGUUCUGCAUUCUGUAUUUGUGUGUUUUUUCUUUCCACUAGAGUGAUUUCUGUUUUGUUGACUAUUAACCAGGAAUCUUGUAUUGUCAGUUGUUGAUAUAUGGAUGUAAUUUCUCACUCGCAAAACAAACCCUGCAGGUGGAUUGAAUGAUUCGUAAGUUUUGCAUAGAGAGAAACAACAGUGCCUUUCUUUUUUUUAGACAUCAUCUACAGUGACUGAAUAAAUUCAAUAGCA